CGUCGUUAUAGUGCAGUGUUGUGUCAUGUCGGGUUUCGGAUGUGCUUUAGCUGUACGUUCUGUUGCAAUGAGGCUCCACUACUGUUUAGACCUUUAAUUUCGUUUUUCAUUAUACUCAAUUAGAGUGCAUUUCAUAAUUGUUUAAUAAAUAAAAAUCGACCAGAAAUCGAGCAAAGGCCUCAUAAUUGUAUACUGGGCUAACUAUGUUUUCUUGUAAUGGCUGGUUUUCAUCAAGGAAUAUUCGCUGACUACAUAACUGCCAGCGAUGUCAUUCUUCCAGUGUUUUCAUUACAUGCCAUAAACUGCCAUGAUACCGAUUGAAAAUGAUUGACAACAGUUUUUGGAGUCAGUCGACUGACAUGCCGUUUCCACUGCACAUGGCAAAAAUAUUUUGUGAGAAGACCCUGGCCAGCUGUUUGUCAGUUUGAAGUUUGAAUAAAAUAGAUCGAAAGCAAAUAAAUAAAAUGAUUAAAAGGAAAAUCGCAGUGGCCGGUGCGGCAUUGUGUUUAACAAUAACGCAAAAGGUGGUGGAUACGACCGGGUUUGACCCUGAGAAAAACAAGUGGGUUUUACAGCACACUUCGUUUGAAACUGCGGGAACAAGAUCCCUUCUGGUUUCACAACUUUUUGCGGAUGAACGUGGAGGAUUUCAAUUUUUUGGCAAAUCAUUUGACUCAGCACAUUGGAAAGAAAGAUUCUCGGUUAAGGGAAUCCAUCUCAGUUGGAGAAAGAUUGGCGGUGACGCUGCGAUACUUAGCGACUGGUGAUAGUUUUGGAAGUUUGAUGUCUGUGUUUCUUUUGGGGAAAACAACAAUUUGCAAUAUAAUACGCGAAACCUGCGAGGCAAUUUUCCGAACCCUAAACGAUGAUUUCUUAAAAAUGCGCUUUAUGUGUAACCAAUGUCACACAUACAUGCAUAACAUCGAUGAGGUGCUCCGAAAUAUGAACUUAACAAUAGAGAAAAAUAGUCAAAAUAUCCAAGAGUGUAAUGAUGACUUCCAGGAGUCGCAAAAAAUGCAAGUGAAAGAGCUUAAACUUCUCUUGCAAUCAAUAGAGAAAAAAUUUGGGGAACGCAUUGAUGCAAUGCAAAAGUACAAAAAACCUGUGAGGCGAGUAUUCUCGAAGUGAACCAAAUUAAGUCAAUAGCUGACGGCGUAAAAAAGCAAAGCCAUGAUCUUUGCGAAGCCAUAGUGCGCAAUGAAAAUGAGAACAAAAAAAUUUGUGAAGAGAUAAAGAAAUCGGUGACUGCUGACGCGUUAGCAGGUCAGCGGGCGAAAGCCACUUACGCGAAUCUCUUUAAAGGUAACACUGCGAAAGAUAAUAGGCUGCCGAAAGUAAAUAAAGAGAAGCCAUUAGUUCUACAACCAAAAGAGAAGCAGGAAGAGGGAAAAACAAUAGAAGAUUUGAACAAAAAUGUUGACCCCUCGAGCUUGAAAAUUAAUAGUGUACAGGGCAACAAUGAUAGAAUACAAGAUUGCGCCAAUGAGAGAGGAUUUUUGAGCGUAAUUUU